AUGGCAGGGUUCCCUGAUGACACAUCCCUUCGCCGUUACUUUGCCGAAUACAAUCAACGGUCUUUGAGAUAUGAGGAAGAUGCUCUCCCAGCCCUGUGGAGUUUACUACCAGUAUUCAGUCGUUCCUUCGAAGGUGGCUUUCUUUAUGGGAUUCCAGAGAUAUUCUUCGAGCACGGUCUCUGUUGGCGAGCAUAUGGGACAAAAGGGCUGCAACACCGCAUCGCAUCAAGCAGACCUCUCGAAAGUCGUUUUGAAUAUUCGGAUCUUCCAUCUUGGUCGUGGCUAGGUUGGAAAGGCUCUGUCUAUACCCGUAGCCAGACAAGAAUUCGGGUUGACAGCAAUAACAUCUCCGAAGAGGACUAUGUUGAAGAAGCAUUUCCUAUCACUGAGUGGUACACAGGUAGGUCGCCCACAGCUCCACAGGAGAAAAGGCGGAGAAUUAGAUCGACUUGGUUCGAGAAACGUAAGAGGUAUAAGGAUUUUACCACGCCCUUGCCACCGGGAUGGAAGCGUGUACCAGCACCACAAAAUGAGCCCUGCCCCUACCCCGAUGGCUGCAGCAAAUAUCUCUUCGACCAUGAAUCUAUGCUUGGGCCCUAUGGGAGACUUUCGCAGUGGUACUACCCUUUCCCCGUCAGCGAGAUCCAGGAAUCGACACCUCCCUUCAUGCCAGAGCAAACCCCAAAUCUGUUCUGUGAAACAGUCCAAGCCAGACUGUCAGGAUAUCAGCAAGACUCCGAUAAGCUAUAA